CGACAUCAGACAAGUUCAAGUUUUCGAACCGUAAGCACCAGAUCCAUAAUCAUAAUGUUCAAAUCCGCCGUUGUUAUUCUGGCUAUCGUUGCCUGCGCUGCUGCCAAGCCUGGACUUCUGGGUGCUCCCCUUGCUUACACUGCUCCUCUGGCUUACUCUGCUCCUCUGGCUUACUCAGCUCCUGCUGCCGUGGUAGCUGCUCCCGCUCCAGUUGUGACCGCCACCAGUAGCCAGGUUAUCGCCAGGAACUACAAUGGAAUCGCCGCUGCUCCUGUGAUUGCUCCCGUUGCCGCUCCUGUGGUGGCCAAGUACGCUGCUGCUCCAUUGGCCGCUCCUGUGGUGGCCAAGUACGCUGCUGCUCCAUUGGCUGCUCCUGUUGUGGCCAAGUACGCUGCUGCUCCAUUGGCCCACAUUUCCUCCUUGGCUUACACCUCGCCUUUGGCAUACAGUGCCUUGCCAUCAGCUCCUGUUCUUCUUUAGAAAACUUUAAAAGUAAUAAAAAAAAUC